GAGUCAGAACUGCUCUGAUGGCCGAUUUAUGUACUCUGAAUGACUUAUCGAGCAGAAAAAAGAAAAAUGCAUCUGCAAAGGUCGUAUCGAUAUUCUAAUUCAUUUGUUCUUCAUAGCUACGUACAUGGAGAUUUUCGUAUUGCAGUCUCUGGUGCGUCUGAUCAGCAGGAUAUUGAAUCUUCAGAAGAUACCCAUCAUCCCAUCUCUUUGUAGAAUACCUCCAUCGCUACUCUAUAAUCCUCGAGAGACAACAUCACCUCAGGAACAAGCGAACAUGGCCAACAAGGCUAUCCUCACAGCAUGUCUGUUGCUGAUGCUCUUGGUGAUAGCCUUCGGUGUCCAAUGCGCCAUGGCUGCUCAAGUCCAAGAAGGCGCAUGCAUCGUUGCCAGCGACUGCAAAUGCGAUGAAAAUUGCUACACCAAUUGCCUUGGCGGUCAUUGUUACUGUAUCUGCUAGUAUCUAAUAAUAUCAACUUGUCUUCGUCUGCAACCAAUAAACUCUGCUCCUCCUUGUACUUCUUCUUCUUAUUGCACGUUUAAUGUCCUACGGACUUUCCUAAACGAAGGAGAUGGACCA